AUGCGACCAACCCCCGCAGCCACCUCCGACGCCGCGGCGGCGACCACAGCCUCGAUCGCACCAGCCCCCUCCGCCACCGCGAACGCGCGAGCCUCUUCGACUCGUUUCCUCGCAGCCGCCGCCGCCGCGGCGGCGACUGAGAGAGACCGAGUCGAGGCUGAACAACGCGCCGCCGCGGUGGCGGCGGCUGAGAGGAAACGAGUCGAAGAGCAACGCGCGUUGGAGGUGGCUGACCGCGAUCGUGCGAUCGAGGCUGUGCUCGCCGCCGCGGAGGCAGACAAAGCCGCGGCGAUCGAACGCUUGAAUGCUGAAGCGCUAGCAGCCGCAGCCGAGGUCGAGGCGCGGUUGAAGGGCGCUCAUGCCGCUGAGCUCGAGACAGCGCUCAGAGAGCAGCGUGAAGCUCUCGAACGCGAGCACGAUGACGCGUUACGAAUCGUCACCGCCGAGCUCACGCGCGCGAGCCCGAUGACCCCGCACGCGUCGUUUCGGAUGACACACGAGGAGCUCGUGACGCCGAACACGUAUUCUGAGUAUCGCUCGAACGAAAAGAAAGAUCACAAGCGAGAAAAGCGGAGGAAGACGAAGAAAAAGUUGGCGCGGGAACCCGCGACGACAACGGCGAGUAACGUCGCAGAAGGAGAGAGAACUCCUGCGAGGAGAGAAACACUGGCGGCGCAUAGGGUGGACGCUUCGGAAAUCCGCGCCGCAGAUUCCGAGAUCGAGGAAGAGGAAGCGGAGCGAGUAGCGCGAGAGGCAUUGGAAAUCCAACAAGAGGAGUUGGAGGCAGCGGAUGCUGCAGCGGCGGAGGCCGAGGAAAUCGCGUUGCAAGUAUUGGCGGCGGCUGAAAUGGAGCGCAUCGCGGGAGAAGAGCGGCUCGCAAAGGAGCGAGCCCAGCGGGAAGCGGAGCAUGAAGCGGCAGCGGAAGAGAAGGCCGCGCUCGAGGCUGCCGCCGCGGCUAAGACAGAAGCGGAACACAAGGCUGCCGAAGAGGCGAAGUCGCUCGAAAAAAUCCGCGACCAGGCGAAGACCGCCGCGGUCGAGGGCCGCGCGAAGAUUCACGACAUCGAGGAGCGCGUGCAACUGUUCGAAAAGCUCGUGACAAAGAAGGACGACGACAUGAAGCGUAUGAAAGACGCGUUGGAAGAAGCUCGAGGUGCCGCCGUCGUCGCCGCCGAGGCGGCGAAAAAAUUGGAAUCCGCGCGAGACGCCGCGGAAGCGGAGGCGGACGACCUGCGCGUGCGGUUGAAGAACGGCGAGGCGGGAGCCGCGAAGUACGCGGAUACACUCACGAAAGAGCUCGACAGCAUUCGCGUCGCGGCGACGAGCGCUGCGGAAGAGGGCGGGAAGCGUGUACGCGACGUGAACGAGCGCGUCAAGGAGCUGAUGACGAUGAUGGAGGAAAAAGACAAAGACGUGCGGAACAUGCAGGAGCAGCUCGACGAAGCGCGCGCGGUCGCGGCCGCCGCCGCGGAGGAAGCGAAGAAACUCGAGAUCGUCCGCGAGCAAGCGGAAUCCGCCGCGGUCGAGGGCAGGGCGAGGAUUUCAUCCCUGAGCGAGCGCGUGGACGCGUUGCAGGCGAAAGCCGAGGAGAAGGACGUCGCGCUGCGUUCCGUGCUGGAAGAGCUCGCGAAGGCGCGAGACGCCUCGGAGAAGGCGCGAGACGCGGAGCAGCAGCGCGAGGCCGCGGUCGAGGCCGCGGAGGAAGCGACCGAGCGCCUCAUGGCGAACAAGCGCGAGCUCGAGGAGAUUCGCGAAGAAGCCGCGACGGCCAGAAAGGAGGGCACCGCGCAGAUUCGCGCGCAAGAAGAAGAACUCGAGCGCCGCCGCGAGGAAGAAAUUCUCGCCGCGAAAGCGCUCGAGGCCGCGGCUAUCGAGCUCGAGAAGAUCAAAUCGGACGCGAAUUCUGCGGCGGAGAACGUCGGCGCGCGCAUCCGAGCGCUGCAGGACGAGGUCGAAAUCUUACGCGAGCGCGCGAGCGAGUCUGAAGCCGCGAAGAACAAACUGCGCGACACCGAAGACGAGCUCGAAAAGGCAAAACUCGACGCAGGUCCAGAUACGCGACGCGCGGAAGCCGUUAUGGCAUCGCCGACGCCGGCGGUAACUCCGCCGUCCGCGCGUCCGCGGUGGCGCGACGCGGCGUCCCUCGUGGCGACAUCACCGUACCGAUGGCCCAAUGGCCGGAUGCGAAUGACAUUGCUCAUUCCCAGGGCCGGGCAGAGGCGCCAUCGCCUGCGCCAGAGCAAGUCGCCGCGCCGGAGCAAGUUCUCACCCCGGGGACGACAUUGA